AUGGCGUCGUUGCCUCCUCCCCCUCCGCCUCCUGGCUGGAGUGCAGCUCCUCCAUCCAUGCCGAUGGUGCCGCCGCCGCCGGGCUACCAGCCGCCUGCCGAUCCGACCGUCGCAAAAUUUGCGCAGAAGAAACAUGAGUGGCUACGAUCGCAGCGCAGCCGCUUCGGCGAGAAGCGCAAAGGCGGUUUCGUCGAGACACAGAAGGCAGACAUGCCUCCAGAGCAUCUACGGAAAAUCGUGAGGGAUAUUGGCGAUGUCUCGCAGAAAAAAUUCACCAACGAGAAGCGCAGCUAUCUCGGCGCGCUGAAGUUCAUGCCGCACGCGGUCUUGAAGCUAUUGGAGAAUAUGCCGAUGCCAUGGGAGUCUGCCAGGGAAGUCAAGGUAUUAUACCACGUUAAUGGAUGUCUGACUUUGGUGAAUGAGACGCCACGCGUCGUCGAGCCGGUCUUCCAUGCCCAGUGGGCUACGAUGUGGAUGUCGAAUGCGCUUCCCCCGUUCGACGAUGAGGAACCGCCUCUUUCCUGGUCAGAAAACAUCGAGGACGUCGAGCCGUUGGAACCCAUCCAGAUGGAGCUGGAUGAGUCUGAAGAUUCACCGGUGUACGAAUGGUUCUACGACCACCGGCCCCUCCUAGAUACACCCCAUGUCAAUGGCCCGAGCUACAAGCAGUGGAACUUGACGCUCCCUCAGAUGGCGACCCUCCACCGACUCAGUCACCAACUCUUGAGCGACGUGGUGGAUCAGAACUAUCACCACAUGUUCGACCUGAACAGUUUUUUCACUGCCAAGGCUUUGAACGUUGCCAUUCCCGGUGGCCCUCGCUUUGAACCUCUCUACAAGGACAUCGACCCCAACGACGAGGAUUUCAGCGAGUUCAAUGCCAUCGACCGCAUCAUCUUCCGCGCCCCGAUCCGGACCGAGUACCGAGUCACCUUCCCCUUCCUGUACAAUACCCUCCCCCGAAGUGUCAAAGUCGCCUGGUAUUCUCACCCCCAGGUGGUUUACGCGCGCACCGAGGACCCCAACCUGCCCGCAUUCUAUUUCGACCCUAUAAUCAACCCUAUCUCUUCUCGUUCCGUCGCACCGAAGAACAUUACCGUCAGCCAUGAGGAUGAAAUCUUUGGACCGGGCAACAGUGAAGAUGACAGUUUCGAGCUCCCGGGAGAAGUCGAACCGUUUUUCGAUGAUGAGGAACUCUACACCCCAGAAACAGCCUCUGCCAUCGCUUUGUGGUGGGCCCCUCACCCGUUCGACAAGCGAUCUGGGAAGAUGGUUCGUGCCCAAGAUGUGCCGCUGGUGAAGCAAUGGUACUUGGAACAUUGCCCGCAGGGUCAACCGGUCAAGGUCCGCGUGUCAUAUCAGAAGAUGCUGAAGACCUAUGUGCUCAAUGAGCUGCAUAAGAGCACGCCAAAGGCCCAGAACAAACAGAAUCUGAUGAAGACCCUGAAGACGACCAAGUUCUUCCAGCAAACCACGAUCGACUGGGUUGAGGCUGGCUUGCAGGUCUGUCGCCAGGGGUUCAACAUGCUAAAUCUGUUGAUUCACCGCAAGAACCUGACCUACCUGCACCUCGACUACAACUUCAACUUGAAGCCCGUCAAGACUCUGACAACCAAGGAGCGAAAGAAGUCGCGCUUUGGAAACGCUUUCCACCUGAUGCGAGAAAUUCUCCGUUUGACCAAGUUGAUCGUCGACGCCCAAGUCCAGUAUCGUCUGGGCAACAUCGAUGCCUUCCAGCUGGCAGAUGGUAUCCUGUACGCCUUCAACCACGUUGGACAACUUACCGGUAUGUACCGGUACAAGUACAAGCUGAUGCACCAGAUCCGUUCUUGCAAGGACUUGAAGCAUUUGAUCUAUUACCGCUUCAACUCGGGUCCUGUCGGCAAGGGACCUGGAUGCGGUUUCUGGGCGCCGGCCUGGAGGGUCUGGCUGUUCUUCAUGCGAGGUAUUAUUCCUCUGCUCGAGAGAUGGCUUGGAAACUUGCUUUCUCGUCAGUUCGAGGGUCGCCACAGCAAGGGCGUUGCCAAGACUGUCACUAAGCAGCGUGUGGAGUCUCACUUCGAUCUGGAACUGCGUGCCUCGGUCAUGGCGGAUCUGAUGGACAUGAUGCCCGAGGGUAUCAAACAGAACAAGGUCAACAUUGUUCUGCAGCAUUUGUCGGAGGCGUGGCGAUGCUGGAAGAGUAAUAUCCCGUGGAAGGUUCCUGGUUUGCCCGCACCGAUCGAGAACAUCAUCCUUCGAUACGUCAAGAGCAAGGCGGACUGGUGGAUUUCGGUCGCUCACUACAACCGAGAAAGAAUCCGCCGCGGUGCCACUGUUGACAAGACUGUUGCCAAGAAGAACCUCGGCCGUCUCACUCGUUUGUGGCUCAAGUCCGAACAAGAACGCCAGCACAACUACCUGAAGGAUGGUCCUUACGUCUCGUCUGAGGAGGCCGUCGCGAUUUACACCACGAUGGUCCAUUGGCUGGAGUCUCGCAAAUUUUCUCCGAUCCCCUUCCCCAGUGUUUCGUACAAGCACGACACCAAGAUCCUGAUUCUCGCUCUUGAGCGGUUGCGUGAAUCGUACUCCGUCAAGGGCAGACUGAACCAGAGCCAGCGUGAGGAACUGGCACUGAUUGAACAGGCCUAUGACUCCCCCGGGACGACACUGGCGAGAAUCAAGCGAUUCCUUUUGACCCAGAGAGCGUUCAAGGAAGUUGGGAUUGACAUGAAUGACAACUACAACAACAUUAACCCCGUCUACGACAUCGAGCCUAUCGAAAAGAUUACCGAUGCGUACCUCGACCAAUAUCUCUGGUACCAAGCAGAGCAGCGACACCUCUUCCCUGCUUGGAUCAAGCCCUCCGAUUCUGAAGUGCCUCCCCUUCUGACAUACAAAUGGACCCAAGGCAUCAACAACCUGUCCAAUGUGUGGGAGACUGCCGAUGGCGAGACCAACGUCAUGAUCGAGACCGAGCUUUCCAAGGUUUAUGAGAAAAUGGAUCUCACCUUGCUGAACCGAAUGCUUCGCUUGAUCAUGGACCACAACUUGGCCGACUACAUUACCUCGAAGAACAAUGUUCAACUCAGCUACAAGGACAUGAACCACACCAACAGCUAUGGGUUGAUUCGAGGUCUUCAGUUCUCGGGUUUUGUGUUCCAAUACUACGGCCUAAUGAUCGACCUGUUGUUGCUUGGUCUGCAGAGAGCCAGUGAAAUGGCCGGGCCGCCUCAGAGCCCCAACGAUUUCCUGCAGUUCCGCGACCGUGCCACCGAGACCAGGCACCCUAUCCGUCUCUACACGCGUUACGUUGACAAGAUCUGGGUCUUUUUCCGAUUCUCGGCCGACGAAUCUCGCGACUUGAUCCAGCGCUUCUUGACUGAGAACCCUGAUCCCAACUUCGAGAAUGUAAUUGGCUACAAGAAUAAGAAGUGCUGGCCUCGUGAUUGCCGGAUGCGCUUGAUGCGUCACGAUGUCAACCUCGGCCGUGCUGUCUUCUGGGAUCUGAAGAACCGCUUGCCUAGGUCCAUCACCACCAUUGAUUGGGACGACACAUUUGCCAGCGUCUACAGCAAGGACAACCCGAACUUACUCUUCUCCAUGUCUGGAUUUGAAGUUCGGAUUCUUCCAAAGAACCGGAACCAGAACGAGGAGUUCUCGGUGAAGGAUAGUGUCUGGUCGUUGGUCGAUAGCUCCACCAAGGAGCGCACAGCCCAUGCCUUCCUCCAGGUUACUGAAGAGGAUAUUCAAAAGUUCAACAACCGUAUCCGACAGAUUCUCAUGUCCUCGGGUUCGACCACUUUCACCAAGAUCGCCAACAAGUGGAAUACAGCGUUGAUUGCUCUGUUCACAUACUACCGUGAGGCUGCUGUAUCGACUGUCAACCUCCUUGACACCAUUGUCAAAUGUGAAACGAAGAUCCAGACCCGUGUGAAGAUUGGUCUGAACUCCAAGAUGCCGUCUCGUUUCCCUCCGGCCGUCUUCUAUACCCCCAAGGAGCUUGGUGGUCUGGGAAUGAUCUCGGGCUCUCACAUCCUCAUUCCCACAAGUGACAAGCGCUGGUCUAAACAGACUGACACCGGCAUCACCCACUUCAGGGCGGGUAUGUCUCACGAUGAGGAGACGCUGAUUCCGAACAUCUUCCGGUACAUCAUUCCGUGGGAAGCCGAGUUCAUUGACUCUCAGCGUGUGUGGAUGGAGUAUUCUCAGAAACGGCAGGAAGCCCAGCAGCAGAACCGUCGCCUGACUCUGGAGGAUCUGGAAGACAGCUGGGAUCGUGGUCUGCCUCGUAUCAACACUCUCUUCCAGAAGGAUCGGAGCACCCUCAGCUUCGACAAGGGCUUCCGACUCCGUGCUGAGUUCAAGCAGUUCCAGCUGAUGAAGAGCAAUCCUUUCUGGUGGACUAGUCAGCGCCAUGAUGGUAAACUGUGGAACCUUAAUGCCUACCGCACAGAUGUCAUCCAGGCACUGGGUGGUGUAGAGACUAUUUUGGAACACACUUUGUUCAAGGCCACGGCAUUCCCGUCCUGGGAAGGUCUCUUUUGGGAGAAGGCCUGUCUUGCCAAGGGCACACGGCUGCUUCGGCACGAUGGUAGCGAGGUUGAGGUCCAGGAUGUCCGAGAGGGAGACCUACUUCUUGGCCCUGACGGCGGACCUCGCCGUGCUUUCAACAUCGUGAAUGGCCAAGACCGUCUCUACCGGAUCAAGAUUGGCGCCAGCAAAGAAGAUCUGGUAGUCACGCCUAAUCAUAUUCUGGUUCUCCACCGUGAAAAGAAGGGCACCAAUUUUUACACUGGGCCAUCCAUCCAAGGCCACGUCCAACGGUUUGGGGAUCGGCUUGGUGAACUUCCGGUGCCAAGUUCUAGCCCGGCGGCGUCCGAUCGGCCCAACAACUUGGUCAAGGACCGUGGCGACUUCCUGUCUGCGCUGAAAAGUGCCCUCGCAUGGGUCCUCAACGCCGAACGUAGUGGCUCGGGUGCCAGCGUCGUACAGAAUGUGCUCAAUGGUACCAUCGGCAUCAAGACUCACAAGGAGAGCUAUUGCGUCACCAAUUCCCAAGAAAAUGGCGUUUACUUUACGUACGCGUGGGGGAAUCCUCAACGGACCAACAUCAAAGGCCAUGCGAACCACCCGCCCGUUUUUCUACAAACCAAGGAAGACGCUUUUUCUGCUGCCGUUGCCAAGAGCCGUGAACUGUACUCACAAGGUCAGGUCAUCCUUGGUACGCUUCGGCAGCGGUUCCUCGCCAAGUCGGCCGAUGGUAAAGGUGGAGAGCUGCAGGUUGACGCCAACUUGCCGAACAUGUUUCUUCUUUGGAACAGGGGUGGAUCCAAUCUCAAAAUCCGUGUGUACUGUUCCCGGAAGUACAAGAAAUACGCACGGUCAUACGCCUUCCCGUCAAUGCCAAGCGAGGACGCCGAACAGCAAGCCAUUGCCGACGACGACGAGUUGCCGGAAGUGUCAGCCGCGGAGCGCUAUGAUACCGUGGAAAUGACAGCUGCUGAGUUCGCUGCUCUCGACGCCAAUGAAAGACGCCGAUACAGAGUAGUCAGAUGCCCCGGCUUCGAGCUGCCCGAGCAGGACGUGCCGGUCAACCCAUAUUUCCUCGGAGUUUGGCUUGGCGAUGGGAAUCGUAAGUUCACCACGACCUACACCGACCAUGAAGAGACAAUCCGUGAGUUCCUUGUGAACCAUGCGGGCGAGUUGGAUCUGAACCUUGCCUGGCACGGCCAACUUGGCUACGCAACUGUUGGCAAACCUCAUCCUGGGGCGCCGUCUCUCCCGCCGACCAAGCCAGAGUCGGACAUCGAAGCUCGGCGUCCGUUUGGUCGCCAGGGCCGACAGACCAUCAGAAAGCAACGGCUCGAAGGCAAGGGCCGAAACCUUAGUCCGCAGUCCCAAGUGGCAACCGCGUCGCCCCACCCUGAGUUGCCGCCGCAUGGCAAACGUGGCCUGUCUUCGAGCGCCGAUACUACCCCCACCCGUCGUAAGCGUCCGUCCUUGUCCGACGAGUUGGCGCCAACUUCCAUGAACCGCCCCGCGUCUAGAACCUCAACCUCUCUUUCGCGUGAUAUCCAUCCGGCUACUCUGCUAUCAGAGGCCGAGGCCCCGAGUAUCUCGGUGGUCCCUGACUCUAUGUCAGAAGAUGCCAGGUUGGAUAUCGGUGGCUCGAUUCCGGACGAGAUUCCCGAGUCCAUUCCCGACAAUGCCAUCGACUUCGGGCUUGCCGAGAUCCCGGAAUUGAGCGCCGGUGAAAUUCUCUCCCAGCUAAGUGCCGAUUCAGGGCUUCUCCAGCUGGCCGAGCAGGUCGAGGUAUCCGUAGAUCCCCUGCCAACUGCAGACGCGGAACUUGACCUUGACUUGCUCGAGACGGAUAGCGAGGACGAAGAAGCUGGUAGAGGCGAGGAUGACGUCGAUCCCCAAGACGACGUCCAACUUGGCAGCCAGGAUGUCGAUAGCCAAGAGUCGCAGUUGAGCUCGUAUGAACAGGCCGCGCAGUUCCCUCGGCGUCGACGUAACCAUCGGCUCCAAACAGGGCGCCGGGCGUACGGAGAUCUGGAUGGCGAAGAGCAAGAGCAACUGCUUGGUGAGAUUGUGGACCGACCUCACGGGGCCUCCGGCGUAAACACGCUCCUGCAAUCCCUCCAGGGUCUGGGUCUUAUUGCCGCCACGCCCGGCCCCGAGGCAGACGUCAAACGUAUCCCGCCAAUUUACAUGAAGAACUCCCGAUCUGUGCGUCUGGCCGUCCUUGCCGGGCUCAUCGACAGCGACGGUUGGUACGUUUAUCCGGAGAACAUGUUCGGCUUUAGUCAAAGUGAGCGUUGGCAUGCCAAGUUGUUCUGGGAUGUUGUCGCGUUGGCACGGUCCCUGGGUCUUAGUGUCUGGACGAAGAGACGCCUGAUGUGGAAUCCGAAACGUACGGAGCAAUUCCCUCACCUUUUCGCGCAGAUAUUCGGUAACGUGGCAGAGGUUCCUUGUCUCCUUGCUCGGAAGAGAGGACUUGCACGAAUGAUUCCCCAAUCUCAUCGUUUCAUGAUCAAAGACAUCAGCCUUGAGCCCGAAACGACAGAGUGGGCUGGGUUCCGAGUUGAUCAAGACCAACUUUACCUUCGCCAUGAUUAUCUUGUUUUGCACAACAGUGGAUUCGAGGAGUCUAUGAAGUUCAAAAAGCUCACAAAUGCUCAGAGAUCGGGUCUGAAUCAAAUUCCAAACCGUCGGUUCACGUUGUGGUGGUCCCCCACCAUCAACCGCGCCAAUGUCUACGUUGGGUUCCAGGUGCAACUGGAUCUCACUGGAAUUUUCUUGCACGGCAAAAUUCCCACCUUGAAAAUUUCUUUGAUUCAAAUUUUCCGUGCACACUUGUGGCAGAAGAUUCACGAGUCAGUGGUCAUGGAUUUGUGUCAAGUCCUGGACCAGGAGUUGGAGCAGCUUGGCAUCGAGGCAGUUCAGAAGGAGACGAUUCACCCACGUAAAUCGUACAAGAUGAACAGUUCCUGCGCGGAUAUUCUUCUUUUCGCGACAAACAAGUGGAACGUCACCCGUCCUUCUCUUCUGUUCGACACCAAGGACGUUUACGAACCCACCACGACCAACAAGUUCUGGCUUGAUGUGCAGCUGCGAUACGGUGACUACGACUCCCACGACAUUGAACGAUAUGUCCGUGCCAAGUAUCUCGACUACACCACGGAUAGCAUGAGUAUCUAUCCAUCCGCCACUGGUCUGAUGAUUGCCGUCGAUCUCGCCUACAACCUUUACUCGGCGUAUGGACAGUACUUCCCGGGUCUGAAGACGCUGGUGCAGCAGGCCAUGGCCAAGGUCAUGAAGGCUAACCCAGCCUUGUAUGUGCUGCGGGAGCGUAUUCGCAAGGGUCUGCAGCUGUACGCCUCGGAGAGUAACCAGGAGUUCCUGAACUCGCAGAACUACUCGGAACUUUUCAGUCCGCAGAUCCAGCUGUUCAUCGAUGACACCAACGUCUAUCGUGUCACCAUCCACAAGACGUUUGAAGGUAACCUGACGACCAAGCCUAUCAACGGUGCGAUCUUCAUUUUCAAUCCUAGGACUGGGCAACUCUUCUUGAAGAUCAUUCACACCAGCGUCUGGGCCGGCCAGAAGCGUCUGGGUCAGUUGGCCAAAUGGAAAACGGCUGAAGAAGUUGCGGCCCUUAUUCGGUCUCUGCCUGUGGAAGAGCAGCCGAAGCAACUCAUUGUCACCCGAAAGGGUCUCCUUGAUCCCCUUGAAGUGCAUCUGCUCGACUUCCCCAACAUUUCAAUUCGUGCAUCUGAACUUCAGCUGCCAUUCCAGGCUGCGAUGAAGGUGGAGAAGCUGGCCGAUAUGAUUCUCCGGGCCACCGAGCCUCAGAUGGUCCUCUUCAACCUGUACGACGAAUGGCUGAAGUCGAUUUCUCCGUACACUGCCUUCUCUCGACUCAUCCUCAUUCUUCGAGCCCUUCACGUCAACAUCGACAAGGCCAAGAUCAUUCUUCGGCCCGACAAGACCGUGAUCACUCAGGAACAUCAUAUUUGGCCGUCCCUUUCCGACGAGGACUGGAUUAAGGUCGAAGUGCAGCUGCGUGAUUUGAUUCUGAACGACUAUGGCAAGAAGAACAACGUCAACGUGCAGAGUUUGACCAGCAGUGAAGUCCGGGACAUCAUCUUGGGUAUGGAGAUCAGUGCGCCUUCGCUGCAGCGACAGCAGGCCGCGGAGAUCGAGAAGCAGCAGGAGGAGCAGAAGCAGCUCACCGCUGUGACAACCAAGACCCAGAACGUCCGUGGAGAGGACAUCAUCGUCACGACUACAUCGCAGUACGAACAGCAGUCGUUCGCAUCGAAGACUGAGUGGCGCACUCGAGCUAUCGCGACCUCGAACCUCCGGACGAGGUCCAACAAUAUCUAUGUCUCUUCUGAUGACAUUCGUGAGGAUGGCUACACCUACAUCAUGCCGAAGAACAUUCUCAAGCGGUUCAUCACCAUCGCCGAUCUUCGGGUCCAAGUAACGGGUUACAUCUAUGGUAGUUCUCCGCCAGACAACGACCAGGUCAAGGAGGUCCGCACCAUCGUCAUGAUUCCCCAGGUCGGCAACACGCGCGAUGUUCAGCUUCCGCAGCAACUGCCGCAGCAUGACUACCUGAAUGGCCUGGAGCCGCUUGGCGUGAUCCACACGGUCUCGGGCAAUGAGCCGCCGUAUAUGUCUGCGUCAGAUGUCACGCAGCACGCGCGCCUGAUGAACACGCACCCCUCGUGGGACAAGAAGACCGUAAGCAUGACGGUCUCCUUCACGCCCGGAUCCGUCUCGCUUGCCGCCUGGGGCCUCACCCCUCAGGGGUACAAGUGGGGCGCAGAGAACAAGGACACGACCUCGGACCAGCCACAGGGCUUCUCCACCAACAUGGGUGAGAAGUGCCAGCUGCUGCUUAGUGACAAGAUCCGUGGCUACUUCCUGGUGCCCGAAGAUAAUGUGUGGAACUACAGCUUCAUGGGUAGCUCAUUUAGCAGUAUGGAGAAGAGACCCAUCUACGUGAAGAUCGAUACUCCGCUGAGAUUCUACGACGACCAGCACCGACCCCUGCACUUCCAAAACUUUGCUGAGUUGGAGGACAUUUGGGUCGAUCGGUCUGACAACUUUGCGAUGAUACGCUCAGAAUAUCGGGCGCAGGUCAUGGACGCCACCAGCCACUCGGCCGGUGACCGAAGCCCUACUGUUGGGUAUGGGGGGAAGCAAGACAUGAUGCUCUCAAAGAAAAGCAUCACAUCCGAGAACCAGGGGUGGCUGAAGCCUAUUUGGCAAACAAAGAGAAUAGACGAACAUGCAUUGAUCGUGUCGAGGGCGACGAUCAACUUCACGGCCAUUCACAGUCUGCAGAGGGGUGUCCCCAUCAAGGCGCAUUGA